AACAGUCCAGGGGACUUAGCAAAAAUAUGCACAUUGUGAACAACAAAACUAUGCCAACUAUUCCAUAAAGACUGAAGACAGAAAUCGUUCAAACAUACUGUGUUCCUGGAACAAUUUUGUUGAACUUUGGAUGGAGUCGCACCAGAAGCAAAGCUCAAAAGAUACACGCCUUGUUUCAGUACCUUCCAUCAGAAAUCCAGAGUCAAAGCAUCAAAGAACCAAAGACAUUUCCAGUCUAUUCCUGGCACCAGCUUUCAGGACGCAGGGAAUUGAGGAAGAAAGGUUUGUCUACGACACACUUAACUAUAGCCUCCAAGAUGACAAGUAUGACAAGCAGAACUUAGGAACUUCUGAUUCAGGGUAUCCAGUAAGAAUGUGUGAAGGUUCAUAUUUCAUUUUCAACCAAAGCAAGGAUAUGACAAAAGCAACACAACAUGGGCACUUGUAUUGGGAGAACGAGUCGGUACCUUCCUGUUACAUGACAACAAACAGACCCUCAAAGAAAACAAAUCUACUGAAGAGAUUCUCUGACGGGAUUGCAAGGAGAAAGAAGAAGAAUGUAUAUCAGUUAUGACGAGCUUAUAGUGAUAACGUUUAUCACAUACAUGUGUAUAUAUGUGCUUAUUAUAUUAAUAUAUUCCUAUAUUUUUGUAAAUACUAAUUAGCAAAAGAAGUCAUUGAUGAAUCAUUACAAAAAAUUAAA